UGCUCUUGUCCUGCAGAAAAUCGAAAUAAACAUGACUCAUGGAGCACGAAUGUUGUAUGCGCCUUUGGUCGAAUAUAUACCAUAUGCCUGUAUAUUCUCGACCAUAUCAAGGUGAAAUAUACCACUUUCUAAUAUUUUAGACCUUACGAAAGUCGAGUAUACCCAUACUCCUGUGUAUUUGACAAUACCAAGGUCGAGUAUACCAUAUUCCGGUAUAUUCAACUUCACGAAGGUCGAAUAUACCAUAUUCAACUUUACCAAGGUCGAAUAUACUAUAUUAUAUUCAACUUUACCAAAGGUAGAAUAUACCAUAGAUAAUUUCACGUCUUUGCGCGUUCUUAAAUCUCUAUUAAAUCUCCAAUCGCUAUGUUUAACUCAUUUCGCAAAUAUUUUUAAACACUCCCACAGUUUGUCUCCAAAAUUACACCUUACACACUUGAAUCUCCAAUAAAUUCCGACAUUUUCCAUUAACGUAGGCGCGGUCCUUUCUCAUCUUGCAAAAUAUUUACAUUGCAAAGGUUGCAAAAUAUCCGCAAUUGGAACUUGGAAGAUCCGACUCAGACCACGGAAGCAAACAUUGUACUAAUCAUUAAAAGCAUUUUACAUCAGUCUAGCAACUAAUAAAAUGGCUUUCUUUUGCAUCAGAAAAUUCCUCGGUGUGCUAACAUUGUCUAAUAUUAUUUGGAUACUUGCUACAAUCACGACAGUACGAGGUAGGAGAUUGCCUGGACUACGUUUUACCACUGAACCCAAGGAUACUGCAGCCGUUGUUGGUUCAACCGUGGAACUGAAGUGUGACGCUGUGUUUGGAUUCAACGUAGAACCUGAAUUAAGUUGGGUCUUCAAUGGUUCUAAAGUAGUUCUAUCAAAUCUUGUUUUAAGCAAGACGCUUGAUUAUAAUUUUUCUCAAAAGAAGCGAGGUAACUUAAGGAUAGAGAAUAUCAGUGACGAGGCAUAUGGAGUGUAUCAAUGUGUCGCAAUGGCGAGCACUGGUUCCAUCAUCAGCAGAAAAGCACGAGUUAGAAAGUCGUAUUUACGCAUGAUACCUAAUCAAUCUUCAAAGAGAAUCGUGUGUAGUGGAAGUCACCCAUGUAUUCUCAGACCUCCAGACGUGGUCAGUUUUCCUGAGCCAAGUUUUGCUUGGAAAUUUCGCAGACACGCAAACGAAAGUUUCAUUAAGAUCGAGAACAGCCAUGACAGGUCUGCCGAGUUUGUCGUUUCCCUCGAUGGUGUGCUCGUUAUUCUUGAGGUAAACCAGAGCAGACAAGGAGAGUAUAAUUGUACGGUAACCAACGGUGUUGAAACUGUGAACAAGGUUUAUGAUGUUGUUGUUGAUGGAACAAACGAAACCAACAAGCAUCCUCGACUUUCUAUUUUGAUCAAACCACAAAACAUUACAGUUGUUGCUUCGUCAUCUGCAUCGUUUGACUGCAUUUCCAGUGAAAAAAAUGCGCAAGUGAAAUGGUUGAAAGGAAAGACGCCGAUUGGCCCUGGGGAAAAGUUCGACAUUUCAUCACCACACAGACUGACUGUUAAGAAAGUCUCUUUGGAGGACGAAGGAUGGUACACGUGUAUAAUUUCUAAUAUUUCUCAGAAAGCGUACCUGGAUGUCAGAGGCGCUGUGAAAUUGACUGGAUUUCCACACAGGAAAGAAGUAUUGUGGAAUGAAAUCUUGAUUUUAAAAUCAACCGCGAAUGACGGUGAAAUUGAGUGGUAUUUUAAUGCAAAACCAAUCCAUUCGUUCAAUGGGAGGAGAUCAUCAAAUACCUAUAAUAUCACUAGGCAUACGACAAGAAAUGGAAAUGAAAUCGUGACAGAUAAGCAGACGUUAAGAGUUCGAGGAAUAUCCAAGAAUCAAAGUGGCAUUUAUCAAGUUCUAGCAAAUGGAUUUCAAAGCCAAGACUUAAAACAUACUGAGGUCACCUUUUAUGAUUGUGGUGGAAAACUAACGACAGAUUAUGGUUCAAUCAGUUCACCAAACUCAUCAGAACCACAUCUCUUCGACAGGGAAUGUGUAUGGGUUAUAAAACCUGAACGUAAACGAACAAAGUCGAUAUUAUAUCUGGAAAUUCUCCACUUCGACGGUGAUAAAAAUUCCUUUAAGGCUUGUCUCGAAAUUAGAAGUGGCGAGACAGCCGAUUCAAGUAUAUUACCAAGUUAUGCAAUUCAGACACCGAUUAGUUCUGGACUGGAUGGCGUGUUUGCAUUCAGAUUAGUUUUCAAAUUUCAUGCUUCUGGUAAAAGAUGUUAUGGAUUUAAUGCAACAUACUGGGUUAAGGAACCCACCACUCCAUCGAUAACUGAAUCAACUUCCCAGCCAACAGAGCCUCAAACAAGCGAGACUGAGACAGCAUUUACAACGAAAGCAAUAUCCAAAAUAAUAACAGACACUGUAGGAACUGAAACUUCUAAAAAGACUCCCACGAAUCGAAUAUCCACAAAAGAAACUCAUACAACAGAAAAAGAAAGUGAAGCAGGGAACGUAGAGAAAAGUUCACUAAAGAAUAAUAGUAUGAUAUUGAGCAAUUUAUAUCGGAUUGUUUUCGCUUUAAUACAUCUUCCUAUAUCUGAAUGA